GCCAGCGCCGCCGCCGAGCCAAGCGCCGGGAUGGCCGUUCCCCUGAGCGACAGCGAGAAAAGGAAGCAGAUCAGCGUGCGCGGCAUCGCCGGGCUGGGCGACGUGGCCGAGAUCCGCAAGAGCUUCAACCGGCAUCUGCAUUUCACGCUGGUGAAAGACCGGAACGUGGCCACCCCGCGGGACUAUUAUUUCGCCUUGGCGCACACCGUCCGCGAUCACUUGGUGGGGCGAUGGAUCCGGACGCAGCAGUACUACUACGAGAAAGACCCCAAGCGUAUUUAUUACUUGUCCCUGGAAUUCUACAUGGGCCGAACACUUCAGAACACGAUGGUGAACCUGGGUCUGCAGAACGCCUGUGACGAAGCCAUUUACCAGCUUGGCCUGGACCUCGAAGAGCUGGAGGAGAUUGAGGAAGACGCUGGCCUAGGCAACGGCGGGCUGGGACGUCUGGCAGCUUGCUUCCUAGACUCCAUGGCAACGCUUGGACUCGCAGCCUACGGUUAUGGAAUCCGCUACGAAUUUGGCAUCUUUAACCAGAAGAUUGUUGAUGGCUGGCAGGUGGAGGAAGCCGAUGAUUGGCUGCGUUAUGGCAACCCGUGGGAAAAAGCCCGCCCAGAGUACAUGCUUCCUGUGCACUUUUAUGGUCGGGUGGAGCACACUCCAGAAGGUGUUAAGUGGGUUGAUACUCAGGUCGUCCUUGCCAUGCCUUAUGACACGCCUGUCCCAGGCUACAAGAACAAUACAGUCAAUACCAUGAGGCUGUGGUCAGCCAAAGCACCCAAUGAUUUCAACCUUGAAGAGUUUAAUGUAGGAGAUUAUAUCGAGGCUGUGUUGGAUAGAAACUUGGCAGAAAACAUCUCCAGAGUGCUGUAUCCAAAUGAUAAUUUCUUUGAAGGGAAAGAGCUGCGUCUGAAGCAGGAGUACUUUGUGGUAGCUGCUACUCUCCAGGAUAUUAUACGACGAUUCAAGUCUUCCAAAUUUGGAUGUCGCGACCCCGUCAGAACCUGCUUUGAGACGUUCCCUGAUAAGGUUGCCAUCCAACUCAAUGACACCCACCCAGCCCUCUCCAUUCCUGAGCUCAUGCGGAUCUUGGUUGAUGUUGAAAAAAUGGAAUGGGAAAAGGCCUGGGAUAUCACAAAACGCACAUGUGCUUAUACUAACCACACGGUGCUACCUGAAGCUCUGGAGCGCUGGCCCAUCUCUAUGUUCGAAAAACUCUUGCCAAGACACCUGGAGAUUAUUUAUGCUAUCAACCAAAAGCAUCUGGAUCAUGUGGCUGCCCUUUUCCCUGGAGACGUUGACCGCCUUCGAAGGAUGUCCGUGAUCGAGGAGGGGGAUUGCAAAAGGAUCAAUAUGGCCCAUCUGUGCGUCAUUGGCUCCCACGCGGUCAACGGAGUGGCCAGGAUUCACUCCGAGAUUGUGAAGAAUUCUGUAUUCAAAGAUUUCUAUGAGAUAGAACCAGAGAAGUUUCAGAACAAGACCAACGGCAUCACGCCCAGGCGAUGGCUGCUGCUCUGCAACCCAGGACUCUCCGACAUCAUCGUGGAGAGGAUCGGGGAAGAUUUUCUUACCGAUCUCAGUCAGCUAAAGAAGUUGAUGGAGUUUGUCGAUGAUGAGGCCUUUAUCAGGGACGUAGCCAAAGUUAAACAGGAGAACAAGUUGAAGUUCUCAGCUCUCCUGGAAGAGCAGUACAAGGUGAAAAUCAACCCUUCCUCGAUGUUCGAUGUGCAUGUCAAGAGAAUCCAUGAAUACAAGAGGCAGCUCCUCAACUGCUUGCAUGCCAUCACUCUGUAUAACCGCAUCAGGAAAGACCCCAAAAGAUCUUAUGUGCCAAGAACAGUUAUGAUUGGAGGCAAGGCUGCUCCAGGCUAUCACAUGGCCAAAAUGAUUAUCAAGCUCAUCACUUCCAUUGGAGAUGUCAUCAACAAUGACCCUUACAUAGGAGACAGGCUAAAAGUCCUCUUUUUGGAGAACUACAGAGUGUCUUUUGCUGAGAAAGUGAUUCCCGCGGCAGAUCUAUCUGAACAGAUCUCCACAGCUGGGACGGAGGCCUCAGGAACAGGAAACAUGAAAUUCAUGCUGAACGGAGCCCUCACCAUUGGGACCAUGGAUGGCGCCAACGUGGAAAUGGCCGAGGAGGCCGGAGAGGAGAAUCUGUUCAUUUUUGGCAUGCGGGUGGAGGAUGUCGAGGCGAUGGAUAAGAAAGGGUACAAUGCCAAAGAGUACUAUGACAGGAUUCCAGAGCUCAGACAAGUUAUAGAUCAAAUUAGCAGUGGCUUCUUCUCACCAGAUGAUCCAGGGCGCUUCCGAGAUGUUGUGAACAUGUUGCUGUAUCAUGACAGGUUUAAAGUGUUUGCUGAUUAUGAAGCCUACAUCAAAUGUCAAGGGCAAGUAGAACAGCUGUACAUGAAUCCCAGAGAGUGGACUAAAAAGGUCAUCAAGAAUAUUGCAGCUUCUGGCAAGUUUUCCAGUGACAGGACAAUUACCGAGUACGCCAGGGAGAUCUGGGGAGUGGAGCCCUCGCCUGUGAAGAUCCCUCCGCCCAACAUACCCAGGGAGUAGACCCGCCACUGCAAGAGGUGCAUGCAAACACCCUGGCUGGCUUGCCCUUGGGGCAUUGCUGCUGCCCAGUGAAAUUCCACAGACAAAUUCAAACAUGCAUUUUACCACCCGUUGGUUAUCACAUAUUUGCAAAGACAUGGUGGUUACUUGAAACGGAGGCAACAGGUGCUUUGGAGGAGAAUAAGAGAGAGCUGACCAAAACCUUGUUGGCCAUGAUAUGAUUCAGAAUCUAAGGAAGUUACUUCAAGCAAGGAGUGUGAGAUAAGGCCAUCCUUCUCUGUUAAAUCUACUUAACCAAUGCAGUUUAUGUGCAUGUUCUAUAUGCUGAGAAGGCAUCUGCAUUUCUAGACAUUUGUUCCUAUACCAGACUCCCCUGCUUAUUCAAUUAAAACAUACCUGUGCCUGUUUGGAGGUGGAGAAAAACCCAGCCAAGCCAAGAGCUGGAUGUGGUGGAGGCCUUGAAUUUUUUUUUUUAAAUCAGCAGAUGCUGUUCUCUGUAGGAAGGAUAGCUGGAACUCUCCUAUGAUUCAAAAAGGUGCAUUUUUGAAGGGGUGUUUCUGUCCUCUGUCUUGGUCGAUACCUUGCUGGCAGUUAACCUCCUCUCAUUUUGAAUGAUCUCUUUGCAUUAGAUCAAAAACUGUGUAUUUCUCCCUUUCAAGAAUAUUAGAAGAAAUGGAUAGACUCACAGGGAAAGCUAGCAAUGGGAGCAUCCAAGCAGCAGUAUGGGGUGUGGGUGAGGACUCUGGAGGGUACCAGUGGUGCUAAGGAGCUAGUGCUGUCGUCUCCAUGGGGCAGGGCUUUCCCACAUGUAGCUCCUGAAGCCAGGGCUGGGGAACCUGUGACCUUGGAGAUGUUACUGUGCCCAAACGCUCAUCAUACCCAAGCAGGGCUAAGGUUGAUUGCAAGUACAUCUGGAGGAUCCCGGGAUUCCCAGUCCUGUGGGGAUGAUCUGUCAGCCCUGCACUAAGGCUGCCAGGUGCUAGCCUGCAGGUAACCACCCUGGUUGGCUUAUAGACUUCCUCUGGCUUGGUGUGUGGCAGGUUGUGCAGCCUUGAUGUGGAAGCGGCUCUAAAGGAUCUUUCUUACUGCUGGGAUGGCCCAUGUGUGACUUGGCAGCCUUUGGAGCCGCCACAGCCAUGAUCCCACAGAGGAGAACACCUGGAGGGAGACGAGGUGCCCAGAAGCUGCAGCGCCACUCCCAACCUUUGUGCAUUAGUCCUGUUCCUGGACCUCAUUGCCUCAGCUUAUUAAAAAGGAAGGGCACCUCCUAUUCAAAUCCCUUGACUGUUAAUUUCAGGCGGCGGCAGCAGCAGCAGCCUUCCUUGCAUCUAGGCCAGCGCUUACUACUAGAUCAGUAGAUGUUUGUUGUAACGGCCGGGGGAAAGGACAGGAGAAGAAUUCGCAGCUGGGCCUGCAGCAGACACAAUUUCCACUUUGAUGCAAAUUAAAGGUCAAAAAUGAAUCUGUUCCUACAAGCUUCCCAAACCCAAGUAUUGCUUACAAGUGCCGUUUUCCCUUUUUAGGAUGUCAUUAGUAAAAGAGUGCAUGUAACUAGUAUUCGUUUAAGUCCACGUUGAAACACAGCCCAGAAAUGGUUCUGCCCUCACCAGCGUUGCUGCCGCUCUUUUGGCCAGGUGCCAGAGUCACCACCCACAGGGGCCGUGUGUGACGAAUCUGGGUGUGUGAAUCGGUGCAGCCUGCUGCUUUCUGAACAGGUGGCUGGCACAGUGGCAGUCUAGCAGCAGCAGUCACCUGGCAGAAUGCCCCCACAGGUGAGCCGCACUGCCAAAGCUGAUCCCCUGUUGAGAAGUGGGCCUGCGGAGCCGAUGCGCUGGAGAGCCACCCAGGGACCCUUCCUGCCCUCGGAAUACUCCGUGGAAUUCAGCUGAAUCCUGUUCAGGCUCACACCCCUAUGUCUAUGUAUAUAUCCGAAAGAUCAAAAAGCCGCACUUGGUUGUAUUAUAAUUCCGUAAAGCAUGACAACAUUAUGAAUGUGCGUAACACCUUUAGCACGCAGCCCUAUUAGGACACCCAUCAGCCUUGGAGUUAGAGGCUAACAGACACCCUGUGCAGAGUAGCAGGAAUGGCAGAUCGUCCCCUCUCCUGCCUUGCAUGAGUGGCUGGAUGGGUCUAUCAGGAGUGCCUCAGAGAGAGGCUGGAGCAUCAUCUGAACACCUCCUGUCCCCUCCCCUCCCCUCCCCUCUCCCUUUCCACCCCUUCCUGGCAGAGGUUGUUUUCCCAAACUUGGAGAGCCGCCCCUUGGUUCUUGCUGCACUGGUGACAGGAGGGGAGGGGAAGGAAUCUGGGCACCGAUUCCCUUGGUUGCCCUUUCUAUGGCAUUCUGUGCAAUUUCAUAUUUUAGCCAUCAGUGCAGCUUUGUGGCGUCACAGGCAAAAGAUCUACAGUCAGGAUUUCUAUUGGCAAAUUAAACACUCCAGUUUCUAUUGUAUGGUUGAGGGGUUAAAUCCUUGGAUUGUUGGAUAAAUCAGUCCAGCAACUUCAGGUGAUCAUAUCUCUGCAAUGAGCUAAGAUAUUUGCAGACAUUUUGUCCAUGGACUUAGCCCCUUUGAGGGUUCAUUCACAACAUGCAGCCCUCAAACCAGGAGGUCACCCAUUAACCAUGGUCUACUGGUUUGUAUGAACUGGGAAAAUAUGGUUACCAGCUUCAAAAAAAGUCAAUAUAGUUUAAAGUUGGUUUAGGAUUCUGGCUUGCUCCAAAACUGAUAAGCAUUUGGCUUGCUCCAAAACUGGUUUGGAUGAAGUGGGAAGUCAUGGUUAAUUGGAGCUUCCUCGUCUGGUGGCUGCAUGCUACAAAAGAAGGAAUGAAAGGCCUGCAUGAACUGGCAAAGGACUCAUGCAAAUCUUGGUUUGAUAAGCUGAGAUACAAUCUGAAUAGCUUCAUUGCAUACAUCAGUGUUUUCCAAACUUUCGCCAUCAGGGAAUACUUCAGAGGCCAUCUUGACCCAACUUGCUGCAAAGGAUUCUGGAAUGUUGUUUAGAAUACACUUUAUAGGGAAUGAUCAAGUUAAAGAUAGUCAAGGAAAGGUGGGGCAGAAAAUGGCAAAGAUUUCUCUAGCAUAUGAACAUAACACGUUCUUUUUGUAACCUAGUGGUAGAGUCCAACCUGAUGCUCUUCAGAAGUGUUGAAGUAUAGCCAGAUGAAGGCUGGUAAUUGGCCAUGUUGUCAUGUGGGAGGUGGCAAGUCCAACAUAUCUGAGGGACAUCAGAUUAGAGAGGGUUGCUUUGAAAUGAUCCAAGCACAUCUUCCUCCCGCAUCAUCUUGUACCCAUUGAGAAGUGAACCAUGUCAGAAAUGGAGGGAUCAAAGACCAUUAAUGGGGAAGGAAUUAUGUUUGUUUGUGUCCUUCCCACUGGACAGCUGCAAAGUGAGGGAUGUGGUUAUAUUUCUUUCCUUACAAACAAAUGAAAAUCCUACUUAUUUAUUAGAAAAAAUGCACAAAGUGGCUUGCAGUCUUAAAAAAGAUUAAUAUCCAGUGGUGUAGCGGUGACUGCGACUCAGGAGAUCUGUGUUCUAGCCUCACUCACUGAGUGACUUGGGACCAGUCACAGACUCCCUGCCUAACCUACCUCACAGGAUUGUUGUGAGGCUAAGCUUGAAAGGAGGGGAAUUACGUAAGCCGCUUUGGGUUCCUUGGAAGGCAAAAGAAUUUAAUACAAAAUGAUAUAAUAAAUUUUAAAGCACAUUCAAAAAUGCAAACUAUGGAAGGAGACAAACAUCACUGGUAAUUAAAGGCUCAGGAAAACAGGUCAGUGUCAGCCUGGUUCCUUAAAAAUGAUUCCAGGGUUGGAAGGGCACCACAGAAAAGCUUCCUCCCAUCUAGUUACCUGCACGGCGACUUCGGAUGGCACAGAAAUAAGCAAGAUGGCCUCCUCCUGACCUCAACUGAUGGACAGCCCACAUGGGAGAAGGCAGUCCUUUAAGGUCACAUGCAGAGCAGAGGAGAGGAGAUGCCCACCCCCAGCCGUUCUUAGGGAGGCUGGCUGGAAAAGUCCAGCUCUCCCUACCCUUUCCACAGGCUCCUUGCUGAGUUGAAAAGGGGGAGAUCACGGAGGGAUGGAGGAGGGAACACUGGCAAGCAUUUAAAUACUUACUUUCAAAUAUCAAAUACUAAUUUUAGUGUAAUCUUGAGGCUAAUUUUCUACAAUUCGUUAGAAAAGUGUGCUGCUUUUGUGGUCAGACAUGGGAGUUGAAUGAGAGAGAGGUAUCCCUCCCAGCUAUAGGUGUCAGCAGACUGAAUGCAUGCCAAAAAUACUGAACGUUAAGAAUGAGCAGUUUUUACCUGCUUAGGUUGCUGUAAGGCCAUAAAAAUCCCUUCCAGAUUUUCUUUGCAAAUGUGAUUUACAGAGUCCCAUAGAAAUUGUGACGGUUUUACUGCAAGUUUAUUGCAAGCAAGGAAAGGCAUUUGAAUAGAAUAGCCCUUUCAGAGGGCUACAUUUGGUGGCCUGGAAGCAGACUUCUCUUUGCCUUGUUCCCCUCAAAUCUGCUGAAGAGGCCCCUCACAUUUCUGGCGUAGAUUCAGGGAGGGGUGGUGCUGCAGGAAGGAGAAUUCUGUUUCAUCAGCAGUUUGCCUUCCAGUAUUGGAUGACUUGCAGUGACCCAUUCAUACAUGCGCACCUGACUUGGCAUUGCAGUCAUUGGCUGAUGACAAUGCACAGGUAAGUCAGCCUUAAGGACACUGGAGACAAGGGCUAGCCUCAGCCAUCGCCCUGAUACUCACAAGACACGAUCUAUUCUAAUCGUUCCGUGUGUCUUCUUCUGCAUGUCCAAAUCUGUCUGUCCACUGAAGUGAAUGGGAGAAACUUUUCAGCAGCAGGAGUGCAUAAUGUACUUGAUGGACUGGAGUAUAAACGUCAUAGGCUUUUUAUUUAUUUUCUCAACUGUAAGUUUUGAGAGACCACAGUUUUUGCUUUUUUAAUUGGAAUCCUGUAAAAACCCAUCCUUACUGGUUUUGUGGAUAGGUUGAUAACAUGUCAGUGCUUAUAGGACAUUGUCGGACUUUGUUCAUUUUGAACUCCAGAGAAAGGAACAUUUAGGCUGUGGCCCUGUAUACAUUCAGCUGGGAAUAAGCCCCAUAAAACAAUAGGGUUUGCUUCUGAAUAGACAAAUAUAGCCUGCAUUAUAAAUGUCCUUUCUCUGUUUUUAAAGAGAACGUUUUUCUGAAGAAAUGCCAGGAGAGGGGGUUACAUUAUUCUAAUUUAGAUCUACUUUAUGCAAUUGGGAAAGUUAUUUAUUUCUGAUAGUGAAGGCUUAUAUCAAGACUUGAGCAUAAAAUCCAUACAGACAUUCCUGUUUCUUGUGUGCAUUAUGCUGUGUUCUUAGAGGCCAUUAUAAAGAAUUAGGGAUGUACAAGAAUUUAAUUUUUGUUCGCAAAUCAUGCAAGCAUGUCCUGUUUGCAAUCUAACUGUGAGUAGGACCCCUAUACCUUCCUUCCUUCCUUCCCUCUGUCCCUCCCUCCCAUUAAAAACACACACCUUGAAAUUCACGCUCGUCUUUAAAAAGUCUACACAUUUUCACAUUUUAGUCAAAGGGGUGAAGGAAAGUAUGCACUUUUCCAAAAAUAUGCAGAAAAAUGGGCCCCUUUCCAGUUUGAGCUGAAAACGGCAAAAGCAGAACUAUUUCCAAGGUCCUUAUUUCAAUAUUGUGAUUCCUUCUCACAAGUUACUGUCUCCCAAGGAGUGGCCUGCAAGAUGCCGAAGUGGGUGACCUAAGUUCUGACAGAAAUGUUCCACUGCUUGCAAAAUAAAUGUCGAUCACUAUCAUACUACUUUCAGGACUAUCUGUGGGACUUUGAGUUUGCAUGUGUGUGUGUUUACAAUAUUAUUGUUACUCCCGUGCUUUGAACAUUAUUAAAAAUCACAGAAACAUCCAU